GGCGACCUAGGGGGCGGAAUGUGCCUGAAACCGUUUACGAUGAAAUCUGUGUCCGUUACGGGAACUAGUCGACGGUGAAACGCAUGGAUAUACGGUUUUAACGAAUGAUACAACCUUUCUUUCUAAAAAAAAUAUGCAUACAUCUUCCUUUUAAUGCUUGUUGGGUCACGGGAUACCAGAAGCAGUGGGAAGGUAGAAGUAACGUGUUGGAACUUUACAUUUGUUUGUUCUGUUUCGAGUGAAGAGCUGAGACGUGUUUUGUGCCGCGAAACGUUCCCAAAAUGUCGCCGAAAUUACGGUUUCCGGCCAUUUUCUGGUGCGUAGCAGGUGUUUUGGCUUCGUACGCCCAGGAGUGUGGCCGACCACCGGUCAUGGAGAACAGGAUCGUGGGGGGGGCCGACGCCACGGAUGGGGCUUGGCCCUGGCAGGUGGACAUACAGACAGUCACUGACGGUCACAUCUGCGGAGGCUCCAUCAUCACGGAGAGCUGGGUCCUAUCAGCCGCUCACUGUUUCCCCAAUCCAUCGGAUGUGGGUUCUUACAUCAUCUACACUGGCCGGUACCAGCUGAACGGCAACAACCUGCAUGAGUCGUGGCAUCGCGUGAGGCAGGUAGUGAUCCCAUCCGGUUACAACGAGCCUCACACCGGGAAGGACUUAGCGCUGGUGCAGCUGAGCAGCUCGGUAACCUGGUCCGAUCACGUCCGUCCCGUCUGCUUGCCCACGUGGAGCACUCUGUUCCCAAGUGGACUGUUGUGCUAUGUCACCGGCUGGGGGAACAUCAGAGAGGAUGUCCCUCUGUCAGGAGUCGGUACUCUACAGGAAGUGCAGGUGCCAAUCAUCUCCCAGACUUCAUGUCAGAAUAUGUACCGGAUGAACCCAGCAGAGCAGGUGGUAAUCCUGUCUGACAUGAUCUGUGCUGGAUACCAGGAAGGCGGCAAGGACUCCUGCCAGGGUGAUUCUGGGGGGCCUCUUGUCUGCCAGAUGAUAAAUGGGACCUGGGUUCAGGCUGGGGUGGUGAGCUUUGGACUGGGCUGUGCUCACCGAAACCAGCCGGGUGUGUACGCCAGACUGACCAGCUACUCGAGCUUCAUCAGCAGCACGAUACCAGAGAUCAGGCUGUAUGGCCGAGCAGAUCACAACUGGUGUGGGAGGGCUGCGAUCUGGAUCAGCUUCCUGUCCACUCUGCUGAUCUUGCUUGAGAAAUAAGCCACUUUGAAAACUGUGUUUCUGGGGAGACGAAUGUAAACCAGGUCAAGUAAAGGAAGGUUAUUGUAAAUAUCUGUUCGAUGAUCAUGAAUAGUGAAACUAGAAGCCUGUAUCUGACGUGCACAUGGAGCCAUACUGAACAUUUAAUGUACUAAAAUCUGAUUUUUUUUUAUUAUUGAAACUGUAUCACGAUCUUUCAGUCAAAGUAGCUUUGAUAGGUUUGAAUUUUAUUUUAGAAAAAUGAGCUAAAUGAAUUAUGUCUUCUAUAUUUGAAAUAAAUUGUUAAUUUGAUUAUUAAAAUAAUCUGUGCUCUUUUCCAA